AUGCGCAUCGGCCGCUGUCUUUUUCCCAUCCAAUGCCUAAUUAUAAUCGCAAUCGUUUUGGUGGUUGGUAGUGGUGGUGGUAAGGCUGCGUCUUUCACGGCGUUCUCUCCGACUGAAGGCGGAGUGCCGAGCGCGCGCUCAUGGAUGAAUAGCGACAACGCGACAACGCGACGUCCCAGUAUCUCUCUGCACUGCAGGCCUCCUCCAGGGUUUGGACGUUCUCGAAGCUUUGCUGGAACGGCCCGGCAGCAUGGGGGUCUCUUCUAUGCUGAAGAAACGGAAUUUCCUCCAAUGCAGUCCGGAGCGAGAGACAGAUGCUGCACGUGCAGGGCGGCUCUCAACUCAAAGUCGAGGGACGUUUGGGGCAUGGCCAUGGGCAAGACAACGAUGGACCAGACAAAUCACAUUCCCUGUGGUUCCUCACCCCCUACCACCCAAGACGGUCCAGGAGCAUACGAAGCGAGCGAGCGAGUACCGGAGCUCCGUUGGGAGGGCAAUAAUAUUAUAUGCCGCCAGCAGACAGGCCGCAACGCCGCAGUGCGUCGCGCAAGAUUAGCAUUGGUGAUUAGGCAGAGCCCCCGCGGCCUGUUAGACCGAGCGCAGAGGGUUCCUCCGCGGCCGUGGGUUGCGAAACGUCAGGGUCUGACGCAUCGAGUUUGA